AUUUUACUUGCCAGUUUGGUCUCAGGAUAUGGUAAAGCAUGGCCGCCUCCUUGCCGCUUGUGAGACCAGCUAGCUAGAAAGUUCUAGUGCAUUCAUGUUACUGUGUUUAUAGAGGGGUUAGACCUGCGUGGAAGCUAAAAAGAAACUUUGUGUCCAUUAAUGAGCACCGUUUUAUAGGACUCUUGAAAGCUGUACACAUCAUGGCAGAAGACAGACAGAACAGGCAGUAUCCACAUAAUCUUCAGGGGGUCUUGCAGCUGGCAGUAGAGGCAGGAUCUGCUGCAGAGGGUCCUGCCCCUCUUGAACCUAUGUCAGAGGAGAGAAAAGCGUGGCUGAGAGAAGCUCUUUCAGAAAUUUGCAAAGGGCAGGUGGAUGAAGUGGAGCAGAUGAAGCAGUGUCUGGCUGUCCUAACCAAAGAGGGAAGAAGUGAAAGGGAGAGAGAAGGAGAGGAGGAGAUGGAUGAAGAGGAUGAAGAUGAACGGGAAUCGGCCUUUGAGUUGCUGUCGGAGUUGUGUGAGAACCUUGACAAUGCUAGAGAUCUGAUGAUUCUGGGUGGACUGGAGUUGUGUGUCUCCCAGUAUCUGUGUCAUGUCCAAAGUGGGCUAAGGUGGCGUGCUGCAGAGCUUAUCGCUUCCUGUGCUCAGAACAUGCCACAGGUGCAGGUUCACUUGCUUAACAUUGGGGCACUGCCAAAACUACUCCAGCUGAUAGACUCAGACCUCCAUUCCACUGUCAGAGUAAAAGCCCUUUAUGCCGUCUCAUGUUUGGUCCGAGAGCAGGAGGAGGGAUUCCAGGCGUUCCUGUCUCAUGAUGGUUUCUCAGUUCUAAUGCGAGGCAUGCAGGCAGAGAAUGAAAAACUCAGGACCAAGUCGGCUUUCCUCCUGCUCAACCUGCUGACAUCACAUCCUGAACAGAAAGAUUCAGUUGUCUCCAUGGGUAUGGUACAGCAGCUUGUAUCUGUUCUUCGCACACCACACUCACCGUUCCAUGAACAUGUGCUUGGCGCCCUUUGUUGUCUGGUGGAGGACUGUCCACAGGGGCUCCAAGACUGUAGGAAUCCUGCUCUGGGCCUUGAGGAGUUACUCAGACAAAAAGCCAGGGAGCUCCAAGGAAAGGAAGAAAAUCAGGAAGAACUGGGCUUCUGCAAGCGUUUGAAGGUUAUGUGUUUCUGUAAGGAGCAGCCAGAUGACAGUGGGAUGGAUCGCUGAACUCCUAUUAACCUUACCUGCUGUAGUGUCAGUGUGUAAAAAUGUAACGGAACAUUCAUGAUCUAGAUCAUGAAUGUUAAGCAACAUUUGUCUGUUAUGACACAUGUAAUCCAGGAGCUGAAUUUUACUAUGUAAAUAGGUGUAAUGUAUAAAAUACUUCACAUGUCUGCUGUUA